AUGCGGGAGCUGCAAUGGACGGCCAGUCGCAUCUUUCUAGAUACCGACCAUAGGCGACAGAUCAGACUCGCUCCGGAAACUUGGCGGGAGCUUCGUGAGGACUUGGAGAAUUUCCUACGAUCCGUUGGGGAAAGAAUGGAGGAUGCCAGGCGUAAUAACACCACUCCUCCACCCCCGGACGCCGAGGAGACACCUCUGUCACAGCCGCGUAAAGUUGAGUGUCCUGUGUGUAUGGUGAAUCUUCCCACGGUUGCUCUUCGGCUGUGCGGUCAUACUCUCUGUCGGACCUGUGCCGACAGAGUACACACAUGUCCCACGUGCCGAGCGUUAAUCGUGGGGAGGUUCAACAUAUACCUCCCGAGGUAA